AUGAGCAGACCUGUCGAUAUAAACACCUUGCUGAAUAGGAAAAAACAGUUAAGCAAUGGAGGCUCUACUAUUGCUACGAAUAAAGUAACCAAAAACACUGCUUCCAAUGGUGAUGAGAAACCAAAGUUUUUAUCAAAGGAGGAAAGAUAUCGUUUGAUUCAGGAUAUGGAAUCAAACAACAAGCGGUCAAGUAUUGAUCCAGAUUUGGAGCUUGUUAAUGAGAUAAUAUCCUCAACGGCAACAAGAAAUGUUUCUGUUCAAAGGACCGAUGUUGAUGAAGAAAAAGCCUAUGACAAUCCUUUCAAUACAGGACAAAAAACAUGCUUUACAAAAACAGUAAUACAUACCAAAAAAUCAACAAAAGAUCGUCGAUUUCAAUUUGAUUGGGAUGCAGAUGAAGAUACGCUUCAAGAUUACACUCCGAUUGUACAAAGAAAGUUCAUGUUACCGAAUAAUAGUAAUAAAAAUAAGAAAGAAUUAGAUUACAUGGGGAAACAUUGGAAAGAAAAAUCAUUAAGUGAAAUGACACCCAGAGAUUGGAGAAUCUUAAGAGAGGAUUUCAAUAUUACAAUUAAAAGCGGUGAUUCUAGUUCAAUUAAAUCGCCUUUAAGAAACUGGGAUGAGCUGAAAUUACUCCCCCCGAUAUUAGACGAUAUAUUGAUAAAUAAAUUAAAUUUCAAAGAUCCAACUCCAAUUCAAAGAAUAACGAUCCCAAAUAUCUUAUUGCAAAAUGAUAGAGAUUUUAUUGGUGUCGCUUCUACUGGGUCUGGUAAGACGUUAGCUUUCAUUUUACCAAUCUUGAUUAAACUAUUAGAAACAGGCGACAAACCAAUAAAUCUGAAAAAAAUUGAUGGCCCAAUGAGUUUGAUUUUAGUACCAACUAGAGAAUUGGCUCAACAAAUUCAAUCAGAGGCAGAUAAAAUCAUUAGCUUUUUACGCCCAUCAUACAAUUUUAAUACAUGUUCUAUAGUCGGCGGUUAUUCUUUGGAAGAAAUAUCAAGAAAUUUAAAUGAAAAAGCAUGUGACCUUCUGAUUGCAACUCCAGGGAAACUAAUUGAAUGUUUAGAAAAUCAUAUCUUAACUAUUCAGAAGAUUUCAUUUUUAGUGCUUGAUGAAGCAGAUAAAAUGAUCGACUUAGGAUUUGAAGAUCAACUGAAAAGUAUUUUAAACCAAAUUAAGAUUGAGAAUGUUUUAACUAAUUAUAAAAUUUUGAUGUUCACAGCAACAAUGUCAACACCCAUUGAGAAAAUUGCUCGAGGUUAUUUAAAUCAACCAAUAAACGCAAUUAUUAACGCUGAUGGUUCAAAAAGCUCAAUACCACAAAUCAGACAAAUUAUUGAAUAUUGUCCUUCUGAAGAACAACGAUAUCAAAAGAUUGUUUCACUAUUAAAAAGUCAUCCUAAUGAAUUGGUUAUCAUCUUUAUCAAUUAUAAAUCAACGGCAGAUUGGCUUGCAAAUAAAUUUCAAAAUGAACGCACCUCUUAUUCAUCUUCGAGAUCUGCUUUCAAAUGUACGGUUUUGCAUGGUUCAAAAUCACAAGAACAAAGAGAACAUUCUUUACAAUUACUUAGAUCGCAUAGAGUUCAGAUUUUAAUUGCCACUAAUGUCGCAGCAAGAGGGUUAGAUAUUCCGAAUGUUACCACUGUUUUCAAUUUCCAAAUGUCAAAAACAUUCGAGGAUUAUGUUCAUAGAAUAGGUAGGACAGGUCGUGCUGGGAAUACAGGUUUAGCCAUCACAUAUUUAGGAGAUGAAGAAGACCAAGAUAUUGCUAAUGAACUUUAUUCCUAUCAGAGAGAACAUAAUCCAUUGAACAAUAAUAUAUUCCAAGAUGUUUUGAAAAAGAAAUACGGCGUUGGUAAACCACAAUUUGAAGCUAUUUUACAAUAA